GCGCGCGCACACACACACACAUACACACACACACACACGCACGCACACACACGCACGGAGCAUCCUCCCGUCAGGUCUCCUGGUCCAGCCCCGCCCGCGCCUCCAGCUUCCUGCAAACGUUCCUCUCUCCCCACACUGCACCCAUUCCCUCCGGCUCCAGGACCCUCCUCGUCCACCCCACCCCACCCUCGGGAUGGAGCGGAUCGAGCCAGCCCGGAACCCCCCGCGGCCGGGGUGACGGCCCCCGCCCCUCUCCCGUCUGGACCCCCGCCUCGAGCACCAUGGGCCUGAGGGGUUCCCGAGGCUCCGGACGCUGAAGAUGACCGAUGCUGGAGUUUUUAGGGAAUGCUAAUGAUGGAAAGGCCCAAGAGAGUGAAGGGGAGAAGUUCAGUGACCCACGUGAAGGCACACAGCAAAUCAGCUUGGAUCAAGACCGCAGGACUGGGCCUGUGUCUACACCCUGGAUUUGCUCCUGCCCAAGGCCACACAAUCUGGGUGUGGCUCAGAUGACCUCUCUCCCAGGGGGCUGGAAGAAGGGUUCUAAGGGAAGCUGUCUUGAGUCAUGGCUUCUUCAAAGCUCCGAGAACCCACAGAUGAGGUUUUUGACCUGGACUUGGCUGUGCCAGAGACCGUCAGACUGGACAGCAGUUUACACAAGGCCCGGGCCCAACUACUGGCCAAGGGCCGGAGACACCGGCCGUCCCGCUCGAGGCUUCGGGACAGUGCUAGCUCUGCAGAGGAUGGUGAAGGCUCCGAUGGGCCUGGAGGCAAGGUGACGGACGGUUGCGGGAGCCCCCUGCACCGGCUGCGCUCGCCUUUGCACUCGGGCCCGGGGUCCCCGGCCGGUGGCUCUUUUUGCCUGGAGCCUCCGGGGUUGCGGCGCAGCCUGGAGGAGGACGAAACACCGCCCUCGCCGCUCACACGCUACCGGCCCCUGCACAACGCCGCCUCGCACGAGGGCCUGGCCGCCGCUUCCUGCUCUCCGCCGCGCUCCGCGCCCUCCUCGGACAGCUCGCCCAGCUUCGUGCGCCGCCACCCGCGCGCAGAGCCGCACAGCGAAGAUGACAGCCGGGAUGCCAGCCCACCUGAGCCUGCCAGCCCCACCAUCGGCCUGGAUAAGAAGACUCGCCGGAAGUUCCUGGACCUGGGGGUCACCUUACGCAGAGCGUCCACCAGCAAGAGCCGGAAGGACAAGGGCAGCAACCGCCUGUCAGUGGGCAGUAGGGAGUCGGUGGAGGGGGCCGGCAGGUCAGGGGGCUCCCCGUUCCUGCCCUUUUCCUGGUUCACAGACAGCGGCAAGGGCUCGGCGUCCUCUGGCAGCACCACCUCCCCUGCCUGCUCUCCUAAACAUGAGGGCUUCAGCCCUAAGAAGUCAGCUUCUCAGGAAUCCACCCUGAGUGAUGACUCCACACCCCCCAGCAGCAGCCCCAAGAUCCCGAGUGGUCCCCGGCAGGAGACCAAGUGUUCCUACCCUUACCACACACUGUCCCAGUCUUCAGAUGAGUUCCUGGAUGAACCUCUCCCUGCUGUCCACCACUGGACCAGUCAGCAGGUGGGCCAGUGGCUGCAGAGCCUCAGCUUGGAACAAUAUGCUGCCGAGUUUGCUGCACGGCAGGUGGAUGGGCCGCAGCUGCUGCAGCUGGAUGGAAGCAAACUCAAGAGCCUGGGGCUCAGCAACUCGCAGGACCGGGCGCUAGUGAAGCGGAAGGUGAAGGAGCUGGCAGCCGCAGCCGAGAGGGCACGCAAGGCCCAGGAGAAGGCUGCACGGCAGCGUGAGAAGCUCCGGCGCAGGGAGGAGGCCAAGAAGAGCUAGGGGAGGAUGGGGGUGGGGGUAAGCACUGGCACCUGGCAUGGGGUGGCUGCUGGGCUCGGGCACGGGCCUCACUAGGAAGGCAGGGCCUAGGCACCAAGCUUGGGCUGGCCUGGCCCCAUGCUGUCAGCAGGUACACACCCUCUCACUCUGUCACUCCGUCUGGACCCAGAUCCCCCAGAAAGGGAGACUCCAGCCAGAGGGCCUAGUAAUAAAUCUUACUUCAAGGACUUGUUUGGCACAAUGUUCCUGUGGGAGGUUACGGGCAGAGGGAAGAAAGGCCAGGGCUGAAGUAAGUCUGGGAGCCCAGAAGCACCUGGGUCAGUCCGCCUCUCUACCCUCAGGCCAU